CUAGCCCACCCAUUCCCCUAGCCCUGCUUCUCAUCUUGUUCACUCGUCCCACGCCGCCCACAACUCCCAACAAUGGCUCCUUGAUUCUGGUGCCAAUCAUCAUCUUACUUCCGAUCUGGAUAAUCGGGCGCAUCAUUCUGAAUAUAAUGGUACCGAUCACGUAAACUUUGACAAUGGACCGCCGCACGAAGGAUGAAAUUUAUCGCUGGGUGUUUGCACUGAAGACUCAUCCGGACGGCUCAAUUGAGCGCUACAAGGCAAGCUUAGUUGCUCGCGGGUUCCAGAAAAUUCCAGGGGUGGACUUCUCUCGGACGUUUAGUCCUGUUCUCAAGCCGGCAACCCUGCGCCUCAUUCUAGGUAUUGCAGUCUCUCGCUCUUGGCCUUUGCAUCAAAUUGACAUAGCGUUUCUCCAUGGCAAUCUUCCAGAAGAGGUCUAUAUGCAGCAGCCGGUUGGUUUUGUUGAUCCUGACAGACCAGACUAUGUUUGUCGACUCCGGAAAUCCAUUUAUGGGAUGCAUCAGCCGCCAAGGGUCUGGUUUCAAUGUUUGUCCUCGGCAUUAAUUGAAUUUGGCUUCAGACCAUCCAAGACGGAUCCGUCCUUAUUUAUUUAUCAGCAAGGAGCAGCCACAGUGUACAUGUUGGUCUACGUUGACGAUAUUGUGAUCACAGGUUCGGAUUCCGCCACUAUUCAGCGCCUAAUGGCCUUUCUUCGCUCACGUUUUGCUCUUCGUGAUCUGGGUACCUUGUCAUAUUUCCUCGGCCUUGAGGUCCAUCAUACAUCUACUGGUCUCAUUCUCAGUCAACGACGCUAUAUUCAUGAGCUUCUUCAACGGGCUGGUAUGUUUGAAGCCAAGUCUAUUUCUACACCUUGUACUGCGAAUCAGCUUCAACAAAGUGCCAUGGAUACCUCUUAUGCCUUCUCCAAUCCGAGUUUGUAUCGAAGCAUUAUGGGUGGUCUUCAAUAUCUCAGCUUCACGCGUCCGGAUAUUUCUUUCUCUGUCAAUCAUAUCUCCCAGUUUCAGCAAGCUCCUAUGGAAGUUCACUGGUCAGCCGUGAAGCGCAUACUUCGUUACCUACAAGGAACCAUGAAUCAAGGCCUAGAAUUUUGUCGUUCCUCCUCUCCGAUGCUUCAUGGAUACUCUGAUGCGUCCUUUGCCUCCUGUCCACAGGAUCGCAAAUCUGUUACUGGGUUUGCUGUUUUUUAUGGUGGUAAUUUGGUUUCUUGGUCCACCCGCAAACAGAAGGCAGUCGCACGCUCCUCCACCGAGUCUGAAUAUCGGGCGCUGGCUACUUUGGCCUCCGAGGUUAUUUGGCUUCAGGCUCUGCUUACAGAACUCGGCUGCCCCUUACCCACGUCACCGGUUCUCUGGUGUGACAACUUAGGUGCAACGUACUUGACUCAUAAUCCCGUGUUUCACUCCCGUUCUAAGCAUCUCGAGAUUGAUUUUCAUUUUGUUCGUGAUCGGGUUAACAAGAGUCAGCUACAUGUUCGUUAUUUACCAGCCACGGAUCUGUUGGCGGAUGUGCUUACCAAACCUCUCUCUCGCCUGCCAGUUCGUACCUUUGUCUCCAAUUUUCACCUCUCCGAGGUUUCACUUGCGGGGGCGUGAUAGAGCAGCCACGUAUAUCUCACCAUUCUCUCAUUCUGUUAUUCUGUUUCCUAGUCUACAGCCACUCUGUUUUGGCUUUCCCUUAGGAAUAGACUGUUAGCAAGUGC